AUGGGUUCGGCGGCAACAAUGGCGAUGACGGCACUCUAUUUCACCAAAUCAACCAAACUCACUUCUUCCUUCCGCACUCUCCCUCGCCUCACCUGCUCUUCCCUCCCCUCUUCUCCUCUCAAAUCCAACAUCUCCUUCUCUCCCUCCAACCCUAAACCUAAACCCGACCCUAAACUCGAUAACCCGAACCAUUUCCCCGACGACGGUGACACCAUCCCGUGGAAUGUUCGAGGCGGAGAUGGAAACUUCAAACUCUCGUCUGAAUCUCCUCCAACCUUUCUCAAAGCCAUGACCAAUGCCUCAACAGGUACCAAAAAAUCAGAGAAGAACCAAACUGUGAAAGCCAAGAAGAAAAAUGAAAAGGAAACUAAGGUCUGUGAGGUGGCGCCGCCGCAGUAUUCCAAAGCGGAAAGGAGAUUCUACAAUGAAAAAUUCAAGGACUCCGGUACGCGUCUCAGCAAGGUUCUCGCUGCUUCUGGAGUUGCGUCCAGGAGAAGCUGUGAAGAGCUUAUUUUUGAAGGCAAGGUUACAGUUAACGGUUCCGUCUGUAAUACACCUCAGAAAAUUAAGCCAACAGUGCUUAUCGGAACAUCGAGCCAAGGAAAAACUUUUACCAAAGAGGUGGUUGAGGCAAUGGCUUCUCUUAACGAGAAACCGAUUAUUCUGGCUCUUCCCAACCCAACAUCACAAUCAGAAUGUACAGCAGAAGAAGCUUACUUGUGGAGCAGGGGGCGCGCGAUUUUUGCAAGUGGGAGCCCAUUUCCGCCAGUCGAAUAUAAGGGCAAAGUGUUCGUGCCUGGCCAGUCGAAUAAUGCAUACAUAUUCCCUGGGUUUGGCCUAGGUUUAAUAAUGUCUGGUACCAUUCACGUGCACGACGAUCUUCUUCUGGCUGCAUCUGAGGCAUUGGUUGAACAAGUAACAGAAGAAAACUUUGAGAAGGGUCUGAUAUUUCCACCAUUCACAAACAUCAGAAAGAUUUCAGCUCACAUUGCUGCCAAAGUUGCUGCUAAGGCUUAUGAGCUUGGUUUGGCGACUCGUCUUCCUCAGCCGAAAGAUUUGGAGAAGUUUGCUGAGAGUUUUUAUCUUAUGAACAUGACAACAAAUGUUCGUAUUUGGAAAGCCUUGAACUCACAAUCAGACGGUGACCACCUUGGCCUUAUUAAAAAAGUGUUGCGGCCUUGUCAUGAUGGUGGAGAAAACUGCAAAUUUUGUAGUCAAUAUUCUUACACUAAAGAAGACAUAAUUCGUUCUCAAAAUUUGAAUGAUUCACAGAAAGAAGUUGUUUCAAGCUGUGUUGGAAUGACUCAGGUAAAGUUUCUAGUAAUUGACGAAGCGGCCCAGUUGAAAGAGUGUGAAUCCACAAUCCCCUUACAGCUACCUGGUCUUCAGCAUUGCAUUCUUAUAGGUGAUGAGAAGCAACUGCCAGCACUGGUGAAAAGCAAGAUUGCUGAUAGUUGUGGAUUUGGAAGAAGUAUGUUUGAGAGACUGGUAAUAUUAGGGUACAAGAAACAUAUGCUUAAUGUUCAGUAUCGAAUGCAUCCAAACAUAAGCUUAUUUCCAUGCAAAGAGUUCUAUGAUCAAAAGAUCUCAGAUGCCCCUUUUGUUAUGGAAGAAAGCUACAAUAAGAGUUUCCUUGAAGGAGAAUUAUAUUCGUCUUAUUCUUUUAUUAACAUUGCUAAGGGUCAGGAGAAAUCUGGCCGCGGACACAGCUUGAUGAACAUGGUUGAGGUUGCUGUCAUUUCUGAGAUGAUUAAAAACCUCAAAAAAGAGUUUAAGAGGACACAAGAGAAAGACAAAAUUAAGGAGUACACUUCUGUUUCUGAUACUGAUUUCUCUGUGAGUGUUCGUUCUAUUGACGGUUUUCAAGGUGGAGAGGAAGAUAUUAUAAUAAUGUCUACUGUUAGAUCAAAUGGGAGUGGAAAAGUCGGUUUUCUUUCAAAUCGGAAAAGAACCAAUGUGGCCAUGACUAGAGCAAGAUCUUCACAAGUCAAAGGAAAUGGAUGCAACCAAGUCAAUCAAUGGUGA